AUGGAGGAACACCCUGCUCGUGUUGGAUCACGGAACAUAAAGUUCGUCCUUGUUGUCAAGAAAGAGACCCUGGUUGGCAUAGGUUAUCAGGAAGUGUCGCCGGGUGUCAUCGGCUGCAUUGGCUCCUCCUUCAACAAACCCCAUCUUGCCGAGAUGGGGAAACAACAACCACCUGAGCUGAGUGCUGAGUGGAAGUCCGAGUCUUCAGCAGGGUUCGUCAACUCCAUUGCGGCACCCUUCGGCGGCCGGGGUUAG